AGGAACGAGCAGUCAUGUGUCACGUUUCUCCUGCUCAUGCCCCUUGCAACAUAUUUUCCUGGCAGCCAAACAAGGAACGGGUGUUGAUGAAAUUUGUCAGAUCCUAGAAAGUUAUAAUUAAUCACAGAGCCCUAUAGAAUAAGGUCAACAAAUCUCCAACGGUCAAAAAAAAUGAAGGCCCACUAACGUUCACUCUCUUCUCUCGCUCCUCUUCUAACGGUUACUUUCUUCUUCUUCCUCCUCUCAUUUUCCCUCUGGUUCCUUCCCCCAUUUUCAUUUUCUAGGUCUGCUUCUUUCAGUCAUAUUCUGAUUCUUCCUUGUGUUUCUCCUUUAAAGAUUCUCUCUUGCUGAAAAUUUUUGGGUCUGCUUCUUUUUCUUAUUUCUCUUUUCUCUGCGAUUGUAAUGGAACCAGCCAAGAUUGAUUGGAAGAAAAUAGAGUCCAAGUUUGUUGAAGACAUUGUUUAUGAGCAUAUUAACGCACCCAAAUGGGUAGAUUUCUUGGCUCCUCAAGAUUCCAUUGAUGAUGAAUCAUGGUUUUGCAGACCAGAUUGUAAUCAUCCUAAAUCAGCAGAGGAUUUCGUCAAAACACCCCCUUCUUUAAAGCUUCGAAGUUCAGAUGAUGAGAUCCUUCCGCUUCAGGAUCGAAAUCAAAGAUAUGCAAAAUUGAAAAGAAGGCCAAAUCAAUUCAAUGAAGAUGGUGAAAAUCAGAAUCCAAAUUUGUCAACACCUCCCAUUUCCCGGACUAAGUCAACCAAGGCAGCUAUCAAAUCAAGUUCAGAGAAAAAGAAAGCGGUUGAUGACAACUUGCAAAACCAAGAGUUGCCAAGGCUAAAAAGCACACUAUCAGCCAGGAAUUUGUAUGUAGGAAGAGUAGAUAUACUUGGUCAUAUUACUGAAUUUUGCAAUGAGUUGAAGAAAUUGGCAACGAGGGCGAGGGAUAACGAGAGCAACAAAGGAAAGACAAGUCAAGUAGGCGAGAAGAACGAGGUGGUGAGGAAGGAAGAAGCAGCUUCGUGUGAUGUUCUUGGUGAGGUGGAUGUGAGGGAGAAAGAGAAGAAGCCUUUGCUUGAAGUGGCUGAAGAGAAACCAUGUGAAGGGAUGGAGAAUACAAGUGCUAAGGAGAAGCCAAGGAGGAAAAAAAGAUUUGAGGAUACAGAGAACAUCCCAAUCUCUCUGAAUAUGGAGAAUGUAAAACACAAAGGAGAGGAACGCUUGUUGCAAAUCCGGACCAAUCCUCCCUCCCCGCAAUGCUUUUCUGUCACCAGGGUACCUUCCAAAACUUCCCCUCCAAAGCCUUCGAGAUCCAGGCCCCUGGAGAGAGGAGGAAUUCUUCAAGAGCUGCUGCAGCCAAACAAGGAGAUAAUGGAGGAAUCUGCAGACAAAAACAAAAGUGUCUCCAUUGUCAAUGGAAAAGAACAGAGAGGCUUGGAUGUAUUUUGGUUCCUCAAGCCUUGUACAUUAGCUGGUUGAUGAUUCUUUGAUUCUUUACUAUUAAUUACUCUAUAUUACUUACACCAUUAGAGAUCUCUUUGCUUUUACUAUUUCUUUCUCUCAUUCAUCAAAAUUCAUUUUUAAGUGUCUCUAAAUUUCUUGGUCAUUCAUUUGGUGUUGAUAAAAGGAAACUGUAAUUAGCAGUCAUUUUGAUUAUGUUACCAAAUUCAUUAUAGUGAAUAAAAUUG